AUGGCUGAUCAGCAGUUCGAUAUUGCCAUUAUUGGCGCAGGGAUAGGCGGUCUUGCGCUGGCAAUUGGUCUGACUCACCAUAGAAUCCCUUUCACCAUCUACGAAUCGGCGCCGGCCUUCUCAACGAUCGGCGCCGGCGUCGGACUCGGACCCAACUCUCUGAAAGCCAUGGAUCUCAUCGACAAACGUCUCCGCGACAAGUACAUGCAGAUCGCUACGGGGAAUCUGAGGCCCGAGAAGAGACACGUCAUGAUGGAAGCAAUGCGCAUGGAGGAUGGCUUGGGUGAGGGAGAGAAAUGGUGGGGGCAUGGCGAAUGGGGAGCGCCGUACUUUGAGCGAACCGGUGCUCACAGGAAGGAUCUUCUGGACAUCAUGACGAGCUUCAUAGACGUGGACGCUGUCCGAUUCGGGAGAACUGUCGCCAAGGUCGAACAGAACGACGACCAGGUCACAUUGGCCUUCACCGACGGCAGCGUCGCAACUCACGCCGCAGCGAUCGGUUGCGGGGGAAUCAGGGGCCUCGAGAGACGUGCCGUGCUGGACGACCGCUAUCCGGACUCGGUGGAACCGCAGUACACGAACAAGUACGUCUACCGGACGAUCAUAUCCAUGGAAGAUGCGAAGCAGAUCUUGGGAGACCUGAGUACGGACGCCAAAAUGUACAUGAGCAGGACAUCGAAUCUAUCGACGUAUCCAAUCAGUGGAGGCAGGCAGGUCAACGUUGUUGCUUUCAAGAGAGACUCGAACAAUUGGACACACCCCGGGAACACAUACGAGGUCGACAGGAAGACGAUGGCGGAAGACUUCUCAGACAUCAAAGUCGACGACAGGUUGCUGAAACUGUUCGAGUUCAUCGCGCCCACGCGAUGGGCCAUCUUCGACCACCCCUCCACGCCCACCUACUACAACUCUCUGGUUUGCCUCGUCGGCGACGUCGCGCACGCCAGCGGCCCGCACCAGGGUGCAGGCGCCGGUCAGGGUCUCGAGGACGCCCUCGUCUUAACGCACGCGCUCGGAAAGCUGUGCACGGCCGUCCCAGCAGCGACGCUCAACACGCCAUCGGCGGCGCGAACGCGCGCCCUCGAAGCAGCCUUUGCGGCCUACGAUGAAAUCAGACGCCCGCGCGCGCAGAAGCAGGUCCGCACUGCCCGAGAAUGCGGCGAGAUUUACAACCUGCGCGACCCGCUCACCGGCGCGGACCUGAGCAUCGAGGACGCGCUACAGGACUUGAAUGCCCGCUUCGAAUGGCUCUGGACGCACGACCUCGCCGCAGAUGUCCGGCUGGUGGAGGAGAAGACUGCGGCACUGCUCCGCGCGCUGGAGCAGCGCUAA